ACGAAAUCCCAAUUUCGACCCAUCUACCCAUCGUCAACUCACACAACCGCCAAAAUGACGAAGCGCACAAAGAAGGUCGGCAUCACCGGAAAGUAUGGUACCCGUUACGGUGCCAGUCUCAGGAAGCAGGUGAAGAAGAUGGAGAUCACACAACACGCCCGCUACACAUGCAGCUUCUGCGGCAAGAACACCGUCAAGCGCCGGGCUGUCGGUAUCUGGGACUGCAAGUCGUGUGGAAAGGUGACCGCUGGAGGUGCUUACACCGUCUCAACUCCCGCUGCUGCCGCCACAAGGUCAACGAUCCGUCGUCUCCGCGAAAUCGCCGAGGUUUAAGGGAAAUUUGGGCACUGGGGUGGAGUUCUUCGAGCAUUUUCUUCGCAUCGGCAGCCUGAAGGACAACAUGGCUCAUUGCCGCAUCAAGAUGCCGGUCCUAUAACGAUCAUGGAUUUAUCAGGAAUUCACACAAAACAAUGGCAUUCAUGACCAAGCGAAAUGCUGCCCUUGUACUCUCGUGACGGAUGCACUGAUGUCUUGAUUAGACUCAAGCCUACCUUGACAUGAUCAACCUUCGACCACAACACUGUUUCUACUAAAUAAUUUUCACCACUUGCAGGAUCUGCAUCUCUAUAUAAUCGGAAUGCCU